CGGGCCCGGCAGAUGCCAACAUGGCAGCGGUUGGGUCUAGCGGUUCCACCGCGGCGGCCGGGCCAGGGGCGGUCUCCGCGGGGGCGGGGGCGUUGGAGCCUGGGACCGUGAGUGCGGCUCACCGGCGCCUCAAAUACAUAUCCCUGGCCGUGCUGGUGGUCCAGAAUGCAUCCCUCAUUCUUAGCAUCCGCUACACCCGCACGCUGCCUGGGGACCGCUUCUUUGCCACCACUGCUGUGGUCAUGGCCGAAGUGCUCAAAGGUCUCACCUGCCUGCUGCUGCUCUUCGCACAGAAGAGGGGUAACGUGAAGCACCUGGUCCUCUUCCUCCACGAGGCCGUCCUGGUGCAGUACGUGGACACACUCAAGCUUGCAGUGCCCUCCCUCAUCUACACCUUACAGAAUAACCUCCAGUAUGUUGCCAUCUCCAACCUGCCAGCUGCCACUUUCCAGGUGACGUACCAGCUGAAGAUCCUGACCACAGCCCUGUUCUCCGUGCUCAUGCUGAACCGAAGCCUUUCCCGGCUGCAGUGGGCCUCCCUGCUGCUCCUCUUCAUGGGCGUCGCCAUUGUCCAGGCACAGCAAGCCGGUGGCGGGGGCCCACGGCCACUGGAUCAGAACCCCGGGGCGGGCCUGGCGGCUGUCGUGGCCUCCUGCCUCUCUUCAGGCUUUGCAGGUGUCUACUUUGAGAAGAUCCUCAAGGGCAGUUCAGGCUCCGUGUGGCUGCGCAACCUGCAGCUGGGCCUCUUCGGCACGGCACUGGGCCUGGCGGGGCUCUGGUGGGCUGAGGGCACCGCUGUGGCCCGCCGCGGCUUCUUUUUCGGGUACACGCCCGCUGUGUGGGGCGUGGUGCUCAACCAGGCUUUUGGUGGGUUACUGGUGGCUGUGGUUGUCAAGUACGCCGACAACAUCCUCAAGGGCUUUGCCACCUCCCUGUCCAUCGUGCUGUCCACUGUUGCCUCCAUCCGCCUCUUCGGCUUUCACGUGGACCCGUUGUUUGCCCUUGGUGCUGGGCUGGUCAUCGGUGCCGUCUACCUCUACAGCCUUCCCCGAGGUGCAGCCAAAGCCAUAGCCUCUGCUUCCACCUCUGCCUCCACCUCCGGGCCCUGCACUCACCAGCAGCCUCCGGGGCAGCCGCCGCCGCCACAGCUGUCUUCCCACCGUGGAGACCUCAGCACGGAGCCCUUUCUGCCAAAGUUGCUCACCAAGGUGAAGGGUUCGUAGCCGCUGGGAUUGAAGACGCUGGCCUGGCCUCGUUCUCCCUUCUUGCCCUGGCCCAGCCAGGACCAAACUCUCUGAUCAGUAUUAGGGGUGGGGGGAGGCAGACACCGACCCACCUGUCCCCACCCCCCACCCCCCACAGGGCUGACAAGACUAAACUCUGGUAAGGAGGGCCCCAUCAAGGACCCACCUCGGCCUCCAGCCCCUGCCACCCCCAGGUCCCUGCCGCCCCCACAGUAUUUCUUAGGUGAGUUUUUGCAAAUAAAACGUGUUUUGCAUCUUGC